AUGGAUCCCAUAACCGCCCUUCAGACGGCAUCCGCCAUCAUCGGCAUCGUCGACUUUGGCACUCGCCUCCUCUCCAGCACCUACGAAAUCUACCAGUCGGCGUCUGGUCACACUGCGCGCGAAGUGGGGUUGUCAACCCUGUCGGAAGAGCUGAGCGGCCUCGGGAAGCAACUUCAAGAUCGCCUUCCAGCAACGUCCAGUGCAGCCUCUGCCUCGGACAGGACUCUGCAGAACCUCUCGGCGCGAUGUGUCCAAGCCAGCAACAAGCUACAUUCGGCCAUUCACGAUUUGCAGGCAAAUCGGUCUGGAAAUGGCAGAAUCAGUAUAGCCGCCAAUAGUUUCGCAUCUGCCCUCAAGGCAGUGUGGAAUAAGGGCGAGAUUGAGUCUUUGAGGGAAGAAUUGAUAGAACUUCGUUCGCAAAUUACCUUCGCAGCCAUUAUUUCCGUCUUGUCGGAAUCAAAACAAGAUGGCCAGAGACACAUUGAGUUGAAGGACCGACUAGAUCAUAUCACCAACCAGCUCGACGGCCGCGACGACAACGCUCACCAGUUCGCCAGGGAGCUCGCACAGAUAACAGCACUGGGCAACUCAAGCGACUUCAUCCCUAGGCACACCGAUCUCGUUGAAAUCCUCUGGGGGAUAGACUGGAAGUCAUGGGCAGCCCAUUACGAGGGAAACCUGUUCAUGGACUUCCACUCAGCCCCUCAUACCCACGCCGCUGGCCUCCCCAUACCGAUAAAGAUCUUGAGAAGUCUCUCGUUUCGGGAGCUCAACUCCAGAAAAGAGGCCAUUCCUGAAGCAUAUGCCAGCACCUGCAGCUGGAUCUUUCGGGAUUCAGAGACGGACGAGAAUGGCGAGCAGCUGGAGUGGCCAAGCUUCCCAACGUGGCUGGAGCAAAGGGAUCAAGAAAUCUACUGGAUCACUGGAAAGCCCGGUUCCGGCAAAUCCACGCUGAUGAAGUACAUCAUUGAGAAUCCAGAGCUGCAAUCUCACCUUCAGGAAUACGCGGAAGAUCUCCCCUGUUUGAAGGCCAGCUUCUUCUUCUGGAACCCAGGUUCAGAGAUGGAAACGUCACGAGAAGGCCUCCUUCGGACACUUCUUCACCAGUGCUUGCAAGGCAGACCAGACCUCAUCCCUGCUGUGGCACCUCGUCGAUGGGCACUAUACAAUUUACUGGGAGGCGAAACCAUUCCUCCAAGGUGGACCUGGAAGGAGUUGAAGGAGUCAUUUGAUAUUCUAUGCUCAUUCCACGGACAAGAAUUUCGAUUAGCCUUCUUCAUCGACGGCCUCGAUGAGUUCAAAGAGUGUGAAGCAUCUCCCGGUCUCCUAAUCAGCUGGAUACGUCAUACGGCAACACAAUAUGGCAUCAAGAUAUGCGUCUCAAGUCGCCCCUGGAACGUAUUUGCGGAUGCAUUCGGGAGAGAACCCUCUUUAACAAUGCAGAAUCUCUCGAAGAGGGACAUUGAGCGAUUUGUCCGCACAGAGUUCGACAAAAGCAUUGCGUUCCAAGAGGUUAAGGAAGUCUUUCAAGAUGACGCAACGUCGAUAAUCAAGGAGAUCAUCGAAAAGGCUCAGGGCGUGUUCCUCUGGGUCAACCUCGUAGUUCGCAAUCUCCUCUUAACCCUGAUUGACAAUCCAUCCUUAGCCGACCUGAAACGAAAGCUCGCCGAGAUCCCCAGUGACAUCGUCGGCCUGUACAAUGCGAUAUGGCUAUCCAUCCCAGCCGAGAGACAUUCUCGGUCGUCUAAGAUCUUACAGAUCUGCGGCGUUUCAUUGGAACCCUGCAAGGCAGUCAUGUGGCUUGCCACCGAGGACAACCCCAACCUGCAAGCCAUCACCAAUGCGGGAAUCCACAACGUCAUGAAGCGAGUUCUCGACGGCCACACGAGAGGCAUAUGCGAGCUGGUACAGGACAGAGUGCAAUUCCUUCAUCGGUCAGCGGCAGAUUGGGUAAAAGACGGCCCAACGAGAGCCGAAAUCUGCUCCAAAGCACCACCAGACUUUGAGCCAAGCCUCAACUUACUAGAAGCCCAUAUUCAGUACCAGACAGUGAUGAAGGCACGCGGUCUUACAACAGCGUUCGGCCCACUUGAAUUAGUCCGGAUUCUGUUCGAAUGCAUAACCGGGCUCUACCACGCUGUCACCGCAGACAGGAUAAGCCAGCUCAGCGUCCGGCUCAUCCAAGCCACGGACGACGUUAAUAAGCUAGGAUACGACAUAGCUGCCCAAGGCCGAAGUUUUCCUGAAUGGGAUUUGGCAGCCCGGUCAAAAGACUCAACACCGGAAGGAUGGUCAACCAGGCAUUGGCUCGCGCAGCAAACCGGGGGACAUUCCGGGGCCGAAAACUGCUUCGUCGGAUUCACAGCCAGCGCCGGCUUCGUCGACUACGUCAAAAGAAAAAUAAAGGACGAGCCCUCCCUCCUCAUCCCAAAGAAAGGCAGAAUUUCCAUCCUAGAGAACACCAUAUUCAGGCACGGCCUUGGUACACAACCCGUUUUCCCGUUUAAUCCCGCCCCAUCCAGGUCUUCCUACGGGACGGGCAGACUCGAGAUCAUCCGGUUCAUCUUAGAGACGAGUCCGCACUGGUACAAGACGGCCCACGGCAAGCAGAUGCUCGAGGCCGUAGCCGAUCUAGAGUCGAUGGGCAAUGACCCAGAGGAAGCAAAGUGGUGUCAAGAGGUGCUUGAACUGCUGGAAGAAUUUGAGUACAAGUCCCCCAAGUUUUGGAGGCGCAAACGGGAUCAAGGGAUCUUAGCUGGCCCAAUCAACAAAGCCAGCCACAAAACGAGUAGACUCCUCAGGGAGUUCAAGAAUGAACUGGGACAGUAUUUUGGCAAAGUUAGAAGAGAGGCGGGAGGAUGA